UUUUGUUUUUCACAAAAGAAAAAGGAUGUCAGAGAUGAGUUUAAUUCAGGCCAGUUUAAAAAAGAAACUGGAUCAGCUGGAGUGCCACUUCACAUGGGACAUUACAAAAGAUCAUCUAGACUUUACGAACCUCCUCAACAGACUUGAGGAACAAAACAAAUUGGAUUUAGGGAAUGAGGAAGGAGCUGCACGAGCGCAGUGCUCAAUGGGAUAUCUAAAAUUCCUUCUCAACUGCAAAGAAGAAGCUCUUACUCACCUGUCGAGAUCUGAGGCACUCAUCAAAGAAAACUUUGCAGACAACAACGACAAGGCUCUUAUUGUGACCUAUGGAAAUUUUGCCUGGAUAAACUACCACAUGGAGAACUACACAGAGUGCGAAAGUUACCUGGUUAAGCUUCAGAAGAUACAUGAAAGAUUUGCAACUGAGUCUUCAGCUGUUCCAGAGGUGCUUGGGGAGAAAGGGUGGACUUAUCUUAAAUUCUCUCGUAAAUAUUAUGACAAGGCAGUAGAAGUUUUUCAGAAAGCUGUGGAACUGGAUCCAACAAAUAGUGAGUGGAACGCAGGUUAUGCCAUCGCUCUGUAUCGCACUGAGAAUUUUAACCCACCACCUUGUACUGUGGAAACACCUGCAAUAAAACAGCUGAGACAGGCCAUUGACUUAAACCCAGAUGAUGAUGUUCUGAGAGUUAUUCUAGGAAUUAAACUUUUGAAUUGCUCCAAAGGUUUAAUGAACGAGUCCGAGCAAUUGGUUGAGAAAGCUUUGAAUCAGUCUCCAGAACAUCCACAUGUCAUUAGAUAUGUUGGAAUGUUCCUCAGGGAUCAGGGAUCUGUUGACAGGUCCAUUGAAAUUCUGAAGAAAGCCCUUCAAAGAUCACCAAAAUCAGGCUUCAUAUGUCAUCAAUUAGCAAUGUGCUACAAGACCAAGAAAAUAAACCUAUGUAAAGAAAAACGGAGAAAAGUGGAGGUAGAUGAGGCUCGCGAUCAAAGCAUAUACUACUUAGAAGAGGCAACUUCCUUAAUACCAUCCUUUAUCUCUGCAGUGUGUCAGCUCGGACUUCAGUAUGGAGACCGACGUGAUCUGCUUAAAGCAGAAGAGCAGUUUGACAAAGCAUUUAAGUUAGUGAAAGAGAAAAACGAGCAUCUUCAAUCUGUUCAUUUGUCUUAUGCUCAGUUCCAGCAGUACAGCAACAGACGUGAGGAUUUAGCAAUCGAGCACUAUGAGAAGUGUUUGACAAUGAAUCCACACACUCCUGAUGGAAAUAGAAGUGCACAGAAACUGUGCAACAUUGCCAAGAAAAAUCUCAAGUUAAAUCCAAAUGAUUGGAAAGCCAAUGAAAUACUGGGCUUAGUUUAUAACUUGAAAGGUGAAAUGUUUGAAAGGUAUGGGAACACUCCAGACAACGAAGAUGAUUCAUUCCUCUGUAAUCUUCUUGAGGUUAUGUCUUUGUAA